AUGAGUAACGGUCAUCUGCCGGCUGGGUCACCAGCCAUGCCGGGCGGAGGCCACGGCGGCCACGGAGGCCACGGGGCUCAGCCUUCAUACAACAUGGGAGGAAGCCCCGUCCCGAACGGCGGCCGAGCCUUGUACCCGUCGCAGUACCCCCAGUCCCGAGGUCGCGGCAGGGCACAACAGUAUUCCCACCCUGCCCAACCUCAGAACUACUACGCACAGCAACAGGUCCAGGCCCAGGCUCAGCCCUCUCAGUUCUCUCCACACAUGUACGGCUCCUACCCUCAGCAAGGAUACAAUGGCAUGUAUGGCUAUCCCAAUCAGCAGCCAUACAUGGGCUACCACUACAACCAGAACGGCGUCAUGCCUGCGGCGUACGGCCAUCCGCAACACCAACAACACUACUACGCCCAGCAGCAUAUGCCCAUGCAGUCAUGGUACCCUGGCGCCUCUGUUCCUCAUUACCAAUUGCCUCAGUCUCCUUCUAUCAACACCCCUUACCCGCCGCCACCUCCGAUGGCCGCAGUCCAGUCCCCUGAUGUCGUUCCCAUCCCACCCGUCGUUCCUCCUCCGCAGCCGACUCCGCCAGUCUUCAAUCCCGCCCCGCAGGCCGCUCCGGUGCCAUCCGUUCCAAUACCCACCGAGACACCCGUGAACCAGUCACCGUCGUCCGCCCAGCCCGACAAUGGAGAAGCGACCUCAGACCCCUAUUACUUCUAUCCUCAACCCUCAGAGCAUGGACUUGCCUCAACAGAGCCUCAACAGGAAGUGCCGAAGCCUACAUACCAAUCAGUACCGUCAAGCGCUGGUACUCAGGUAGCAUCUCAGCCAACGUCGCCGGUCUAUAGCCCCAUCGAGCCCCAGCCUGGACGCACGUGGCAUCAAAUUCCUUGGUCUACCCACCCCCUUGACGAGUGGCCUAAGAGGAGCAAGCCCAGAAGGAGGAAGAAGGCUUCGCAGGCUACGACAACGGACACACCACAAGUUCCACAGUCAGAAGUCUCCGCAGGUCUUGCGGCAGCGGAAACUGUUGAAACCCGAGCUUCAUCCGAAAAGCCCGCCGCAAACGACGAGCGAGAUGACUCCAGCUUGACGGAAACGACAUCGUCUACACUCAAUGUCGCUACAGAUGCAUCGACAACAAGCACGCCAGAACCAACGGCCCAACGCUCACCGCUUCAAAAAACCACGUCUGUCUCAGCAUCCAUACAGCCACCAAAGACCACAACCCGCAGUGCAGUCCCGGCACUGCCAGUUCUUCCUGCCCUGCCCAAGGACGGCGCCGUCGAUCGUACCAAACCGACAGUCGGCCAAGAAGAGACUGUCAAACAAGAUGACAAACCCAAAGACCAGACCGAAGCCCCCGAAGAACCAAAGCAGGAGGAGAAACCCGCCCCGCCGGCCGCUCCAAAAUCCUGGGCCGCUAUCGCGAAAGGACGCACAGUCUCGAAGCCAGCUGCGCAGGGCCAGCCCGAGUUGAACGGUAUAGCAACUGGUGACAACGCCUCAUCCGAGGUCAUUGGCGCAGCGGCAUCGGCCAAGUCUAGCUCUGCUUCCUUGGCUGAAGCCCUCAAGUCCUUCGAAGCGGGGAACAGUGGCCCAAUUCACUUUAUCGAACCUAGUGGUCUGAAGAAUACUGGCACGGAUUGCUACAUGAACUCGGUCCUGCAAUUGCUCCUUUUCUGCACACCAUUUUACAACUUCCUGGACCAAGUUCGCAAGAACGUUGUUCACAGUUUCAAGUCGUCGUCAAAGACACCUUUGAUCGAUGCCAUGAUCGGAUUCAUCUCGGAUUUUCGGCCAAUUAAUUCUGCUGAUAGUCCCGACCAAUUGCAAAGGAAGCUGAAACCUGAGGAUCACCAUCUUCUGGGUAAGGCUUUUGCGCCAAACGGCGUCUACAAGGUUGUUAGGGAGCUGGAGCGUUUCAACACCGUGAAGCCGGGCUCUCAACAUGACGCCCCUGAGUUCCUCAUGCUCCUACUGAAUGGUCUCGAAGAGGAGUGCGAAAGAAUGAUCAGAGACUCUGCGACUUUCGCGUCGGGCUCUGAUCAGGCCUCACUCGAUCAGCAUGAUAUCAACGGUGGCGUUGAUGCAUCAGAUGAUUGGACCGAGGUGGGACAGCGCCAGCGCCUUGCCGUCAGCCAAAGAUCAGGGCCCGCCACCAUCCCGAAUCCCAUCAGCAAGAUUUUCUCUGGUCAACACCGAGAAGUCCUCAGACUCUCGCGCAAGGAGUCCGUCACAUACAACGCGUAUCAAAACCUCUCGCUCGCCAUUGACGACCCGUCGAUCAAGACAGUCAUAGAUGCACUGAAGUACUUCCACCGAUCCGAACCUAUUACAUCGAAAAACUCCCAAGGUAUUGAGGUCAACGGAACGAAGCAGACACUGAUAGAAACCCUGCCACCCAUCCUAAUCAUGCACCUCAAACGCUUCUAUGUAAACGGAGGUGAAGCCGAAAAGACUUGGAAGGUGGUACGCUACCCCCUGGAAUUCGAGAUGCCGCAGGAAAUUCUUUCAAGACAGACCCGCAACAGGUUGCUGGCUGGAGGCCGCGAUCUUCCCAGGUAUAAACUCACUGGUGUGGUCUAUCAUCAUGGUGCGAGUGUCACUAGCGGUCAUUACACCGUUGAUGCUCUUCGCCAGGACGGCCAGGAAUGGCUGCGGUUCGAUGACACUAUCAUUACCCGCAUCAGUGGUGAGGCUGUCGCAGAGGGAGGGGUCGAGGAAGCGAACCAAAAGACUGCCGCUGCCACCAAGCACGAGAGGGUCAACGAUUCGAGCAACAACCGCUUCGCCGCCAUGGGUGACGAUGAUGCUACAGACAACGACGGUGACUGGAAGCAAGUCGGUCCUGGCGCGAAUGGCACAAAGAAAUACAGCAGUGGCGUCAACGGGAGCUCAUCUGGCACCAGCACGCCCAAGAGCAAGCCUGUCCGGGACCACAAGGACCACAACAAGGUCGCAUAUCUGCUGUUCUAUCAGUUGUGGAACUAG